UCACCCGGAUCUCCAUGGUAACGACAACUAUCCGACUGCCGUGUCUAGCUUCUCAGGUUAGCUGUUACUGACAAUAUCAACUAUUUGGAUACGAUUUUUGCUGCUUAUAUCUACAAAUGUGACGAAAAACUAGCUAAAAAAUUACCAUUUUGUUUUUUCAAAGGGCGUAAAAAGACAAAAAGACAACAAACGAGCUGUGUGCUAACUCAAGCUAACGCUGCUAACUGCUACGAGCUAGCAUCGAAACAACAUUAUUUCCUGGACUUUAUAAAAGCGAAUUCAUGGCAGACUGCUGGAACACAGACACCGGAGAAGCUGUGUAUCGGUCCCGGGAUGCUGUCAAAAACUUGAGAAUAAAGGUGCGGAUAGAGAGGGUGACCUCCACCGCAGCCCUCUCUCAGCACCUCCAGCAGCAGGUUCUGUUCCAGCAGGACAGAGGAGACAUCGAGCUGGAGACCCUCACAUCACAAGGCCAGACAGGAGAUAAUGAGGAGGAGGUGGUGGUGGGCUGGCAGGAGAAGCUCUUCAGUCAGUAUGAGAUGGAGCUUUUCCAGAACGAGGCGGCGUGUCAGACCCCUCUGGACCGUCAGUAUCACGCAGAAGUCAAGGCCCUCAACAGGACCAAGGGCCGACGGAAUCACAGGAUUUUCACGUACACGGACCACGACCGCUACACCAGCUGUCUUCCACUGCACCAAAUGCAGUCCGGUGACUUAUUGACCACAACCAAAUCCAGUCCGACCUUCCUGGCUGAAAGGAUGGCGAGCGUGAGACACAGACGACAGGAGAGACGCACCAUGGACUGUAAUAUCCCGAAGACCAAAAUCAUCAACUGGGAGCCCACAGAGGAGUUUGUGAAGAACAGUCAUGUGGUGAAUAAUGCCAUGCAGACGAUGCACAUCAUGGGAGACCUGGGUCCUACUGGAAGGCUGGGCCAGAAAGAGAAUGAGUGUUUGCUGAUAACUAUAAAAACAGACGGCAGUGGAACAGUCAUCGUAAAACCUGAUUUCAACAAAAACAAGGAGCCCUACAGAAUCGUAACAGACAGGGACAGGAGAGAAGUUUGGCGUCUCACUGUGGAGAAUAUAUCCACAACCAUGAAGCCAGAGGAGAAGGACAGGGAGCAGAACAUGUACAAAGAUCUCUACGUGAGGCACAAAGAGUACCUGAAUAGCCUCGUCGGACAGGACUUUGAAAUGCCUCCUGCAGGUAUUCUACGUUACCUCAUGAACGGAGAGAUAGUGUCAGCUAAAGGAUUUGAAUAUGAUAACUUGUACAUCCACUUCUUCAUGGAACUGCCCAACAAUUGGUCCAGCUUGCCCUUCCAGCCUCUGUCAGGAGUUACUCAGACCUGCCGGACCAAAACAUUAGAGAAGGAAAACGUAGCUCUCUUCAGUUACCCCUUCAACUUUGAGGCUUUCUACAUGAGUGAAAAAGAGAGUGAAGAAUCUAUUCUCCAGUGGCCGGUGCUGUACUUUAAGGUUCUUUCUCUGGAUUCCUGGCAGCGCUACCGAACUGAAGGCUAUGGAUAUCUGCUUUUUCCUGCCAUGCCCGGUAAACACACAGUGACGUGCCACACAUGGAGGCCUCUUCAGACGGGGACUUCCUCUGUACUGAGGCGCUUCUUUAUCGGAGGCUCUCCGGAGCUUGAAGACCACAGCUACGUCCGAAUACCGGGAACCUUCAAGGGAGAGAGGCUGAGUCGCUUCGGCUUUUGCACUGAAACCACAGGGAGUGUCACCUUUAACCUGCACUGCAUCCAGCAAGCCCGGUCCUUUGUUGAUGCUGCCAUGUUGAAGAAGAGGAGACAGAAGGUUUUUGACCAGCUGGGAGGAUUCAGUCAGCAAGGAGCUGUGUGCAACAUUCUGGAGGCUUUCCAAAGAGCCAGGAGAAAAAUGCAGGAGGCCAGAGAAAGUCUUCCAAGAGACCUCAUCAGCGCCACUUCCCAACUCCAAAUCGAAUCCUCUGCAUAGGUGUGAAAAAUGCAGCUGGACUCAAUCUGUCAAAUAUGUUUAAAAAGUCAAAUCUCUGCUAUUUUGAGAUUUUGAAUAAUCAGGAACUCUGAAAACAGGCCUGCGAUGGACUGUAAUCUGUGAAAACAGUGUCUACUUCAUACUGCUGAUGUACAGCUAAACAUGCAGGAUGCUGGGAGGAGUAAUAAUUCAGUUAAAAAUGGAUUUAUGUGUGGUUUCACCUCGCAAUGCUUUCUAUGUACAGUCCAUGUUUGUGUCAGAUUUGAGUAUAAAGUUUUAUUUUUUAGAGUUUUGGACAGUGAGUAUUUUCAAAGCUGAUGUAAUGGAAAGUAG